AUGUCUUCAGGGCGCACCUUUAAGCUGAAUACAGGCCACUCUAUCCCCGCAGUGGGAUUGGGUACUUGGCAAUCCGGUCCGAAUGAAGUCGCGCGAGCUGUCGAGUAUGCGUUGAAGCACGGAUAUCGCCAUAUUGACGCGGCCGCUGUGUACGACAACGAGGAAGAGGUCGGCGUGGGUAUCAAAGCUUCUGGAGUGCCCCGGAAUGAAAUCUUCAUCACCUCCAAGCUAUGGAACACUCAUCACGCGGCCGCUGAUGUGGAGGAGGCCCUGGACCAGACCCUCAAGGACCUCCAAACCGACUAUGUCGACCUCUACCUCAUUCACUGGCCAGUCUCAUUCAAGAAGCCCGCGAGCGCCAAGGAACGCUUCCCUAUCGAUCCUGCCGAUAAGGGCGUCUUUGUUGUCGAUGUCCCAGUCGAGGAGACCUGGAAGGCCAUGGAGGCCUUGGUGAAGAAGGGCAAAGUCAAGUCGAUUGGAGUCAGCAAUUUCAACAAGGAGAAGAUUGAGGAGAUCCUCAAAUUUGCCGAAAUCAAGCCAGCCGUGAACCAGAUCGAGGCGCACCCCUUUCUUCAACAGCCCGAGCUGCUGGAGUGGUCUAAGCAGCACGGCAUCCACACCUCAGCCUAUAGCCCGUCCGCAAACAACAUUUACAACCUCCCUAAGGCAAUUGACAACGAGGUGGUUGUCAAGAUCGCCAAGGAGAUUGGCAAGUCACCUGCACAGGUCCUCAUCCAGUGGGCUGUCCAGCGCGGCACGUCCGUCCUCCCCAAAUCGGUCACUCCAUCGAGAAUUGCAGAGAACUUUGAAGACUUCGAGCUGUCUCCCGAGGUCGUCGCAAAAAUCAAUGCGCUGGACACCAACACCAGAUACAACAUGCCCAAGAGACUGGGUGUGAACGUCUUUGGGGAGCACACCGAGGAGGAAUUAAAGCAGGCCAGGAAAGAUUGGAUCGCCGCGCAAGCG